AUGCCUUCUUCACAAGGGUUUUCAUAUUGUCUCACAUGUAUCGAUAGGUACACGAGAUGGACUGAAGCAAUACCGUUGACAAAUAUACAAGCCGAGACAGUUGCUCAAGCUCUUUACACUCAUUGGUUUGCUAGAUAUGGGAUUCCUGAAGGAAUAACAACUGAUCGAGGAUCUCAGUUCAGAAGUGAACUGUUUCGUACUUUAGCAAAAAACUUUGGUAUACGUCUUUCGUAUACAACGUCAUAUCAUCCUCAAGCGAACGGAAUGAUAGAAAGGUGGCAUAGGGUUCUCAAGCCGUCCAUUAUGUGUCAUACCUCAAUCCACUGGACUUUUGCUUUACCUGCUGUGUUACUUGGAUUGCGCUCUGUGUAUAGAGAGGAUUUGGGAUGUUCUCCAGCUGAGUUGGUUUAUGGAGAGAAUUUGCGCCUUCCGGGACAAUUUUUUACCUCUUCGGAAAUAGAGAAGGUCGAUAAUAUGUUUUUGCAAAAAUUGAAUCGUCACCUGCAAGAUCUUAAUCCAGUUCCGACCUCUUCUCACGACAAAAGACAUGUUUUUAUUUUCAAAGACUUGGUUGCUUGCACACAUGUUUUCUUACGAGUUAAUACAGUAAAGCCAACUCUUCAUACACCUUACACUGGACCCUAUGAAGUUUACAGUCGUAACGACAAAACUUUCACUAUCAGAAUAAAAGGUAAAAACUGUGUAGUGUCAAUUGAUAGAGUAAAACCAGCUCAUUUACUCUCAGAUAGUUCUGAUUUAGCAGAACCCAAAAGAUUUAGCCAUAUAAACAUUGAUUUAGUUGGACCUAUGCCUUCUUCACAAGGGUUUUCAUAUUGUCUCACAUGUAUCGAUAGGUACACGAGAUGGACUGAGGCAAUACCGUUGACAAAUAUACAAGCCGAGACAGUUGCGCAAGCUCUCUACACUCAUUGGUUUGCUAGAUAUGGGAUUCCUGAAGGUAUAACAACUGAUAGAGGAUCUCAGUUCAGAAGUGAACUGUUUCGUACUUUAGCAAAAAACUUUGGUAUACGUCUUUCGUAUACAACAUCAUAUCAUCCUCAAGCGAACGGAAUGAUAGAAAGGUGGCAUAGGGUUCUCAAGCAGUCCAUUAUGUGUCAUACCUCAAUCCACUGGACUUUUGCUUUACCUGCUGUGUUACUUGGAUUGCGCUCUGUGUAUAGAGAGGAUUUGGGAUGUUCUCCAGCUGAGUUGGUUUAUGGAGAGAAUCUGCGUCUUCCGGGACAAUUUUUUACCUCUUCGGAAAAAGAGAAGGUUGAUAAUAUGUUUAUGCAAAAAUUGAAUCGUCACCUACAAGAUCUUAAGCCAGUUCCGACCUCUUCUCACGACAAAAGGCAUGUUUUUGUUUUCAAAGAUCUGGCUGCUUGCACACAUGUUUUCUUACGAGUUGAUGCAGCAAAACCAACUCUUCAUACACCCUACACUGGACCCUAUGAAGUUUACAGUCGUAACGACAAAACUUUCACUAUCAGAAUCAAAGGUAAAAACUGUGUAGUGUCAAUUGAUAGAGUAAAACCAGCUCAUUUACUCUCAGAUAGUUCUGAUUUAGCAGAACCGCCAGAUAUUCCUUCCAAAUUGGUACAUAAUGCUCCUGUUUUACGACCAACUGAAAAUGAUCGAAUUCUAUCAUAA